UCUCCCCAGACGGCAAAAUGGAUAAUUAUCAAGAUUAUUAUUAUCAAGAUUAUAACUACAGUGAUCUCGACAAUUACACUCCACAAGACGAACAGGUUUUUCAGCACAAAUCAACGUGUGUAAAGGAAGUUUUGUGUGUUUUACUCGUGGUCACCGUGGUAAUCUUUCUGCUGGGCUUCUUCGGAAACGCUCUGGUGAUCUGGAUUUCUGGCUUCAAGAUGACGAAGACGGUCAACACCACCUGGUACCUGAGCCUCGCCAUCUCCGACUUUGUCUUCUGCGCCUUUCUCCCGUUCAGCAUCACCAACAUGGCAAUGGAGGAGUGGGUCUUCGGCCGCUUCAUGUGCAAAUUCACCUCCUCGGUUAUGUCCCUCAACAUGUUCAGCAGCAUCUUCCUCCUGGUGGUCAUCAGCGUGGACCGCUGCGUCUCAGUCGUGUUUCCAGUCUGGGCCCAGAACCAUCGCACUGCUAAUAAAGCCACCGGUGUUGUUUGCAUCUCCUGGCUUCUGGCUGUCGCACUGAGCCUUCCCUCUGCCAUCUUUCGGGAUGUUAGCAGUCACUUGGGAAGGACCCUUUGUUACAAUAAUUACACCUCAUACCAACACAGUCACAAGAUAGUUGCAGUGAGCCGCUUCUUUGCAGGGUUUGUUGUCCCGUUUAUUGUCAUCAUCAUCUGCUACUCUAUCAUUAUCCUCAAACUUCGAAACAACAGGAUGACUAAAUCCAACAAACCCUUAAAGGUCAUGUCUGCGCUUGUCGCUGCUUUCUUCGUCUGCUGGCUGCCUUACCACGUGUUCGUCCUACUUGAGAUCAACCAUGAACACUUGGAACGGAGCAUUUUGAUUUCCGGACUCAAAGUAGGCACAUCCAUGGCGGCAGCAAACAGCUUCCUCAACCCGGUGUAUGUUAUGGGCAACGACUUCAAGAGGAAGUUUAAGAGCUCCGUGCUCUCAAAGAUGGAGAACGCGAUGGGAGAGGAGGGCCGCACCACCAGCCGAUACCUGUCCAGGUCCAGCUCCAUGGACGUGAGGGCUUCUACUCACAUCUAAAGAUAUUUAUCUGGUUUCCCUCAGAUAUGCAAUUGAUUGACACAUGAAAUGAAUUAUGUGUAGCUUCAUGGCGCUAAUGAUCUUAUUUGUUGUACUUUUUUACUGUUGGUAGCAUGGAGAAAGCUGUUGUUCUUCAGGCUCACAAACACAUAAUGUAGUUGAAGAAUGUAAGCUUGAGCCAAUAGUUAAACAUUGGGAAUUGCAAGGUAGACAUACAUCUCUUGCAGUAGAAAGAAUGUUUUGGGAGCAGUAGUUGUGGAAAGUUUUCCGGCAGUCAUUCCUGCAGCAAAGAGAUUUUUUUUCCUUCUAAAAUACAAGGAUUGUAAAAUAUGAGGGAUUCUUCUUUCUGAUAAUAAAUCAUUUUAAUGUGUUAUAAUUCACACUUGAGGGGCUCCUUUUAUGAACAAUGUUCUCUUCCAUGCUCAUGCAUGAAUUGCAAGUAUGGCAUUAUUUUCAUUAGUGAAAACACAUCAAAAUGAGAAGGAGGGUAAAUGGCAUGAGGUCCGGCAGGAUGUGAGUAUUUUGCUCAUCUGUUUGUGCAAUACAUUGUUGUUAUCAUUUGACCUUUGAACUAAACCAAAAGCACCAGGUCACACAUUGGGAAACAAACUGAAGAUAGAAAGGAACUGUUGCUGAAGGAGAAGAGCAAAUCAUUGAAUACUUACAUUUCUUUAUAAUGCACAUACAACCUCAACCGACCAAAAACCUAUUUUGCAUUGAAGCAUUAAGUAUGUUGUUGUGUCAGACUGACCCAAACAGUGUGUGCUGAGGAGUGGUCUGCUGUGGAGAUACGUGCAAUGAAUCAUAGAGAAAGCACACACCCAGCUGCUAUUACCAGUUGACAUAAAGAAUAUGUUUAAUGGACCUCUAUUUCUGUGUUUUUAUGUUUCAGAGCUGUACAGCGAAAGUCACUUUGUAGAUAAUGUUUCUGUUUUCUGAAAUAAAGCUACUAAAACAAAA